AUGGAGAUGUUAAGCCAGGCCGUCGAGGAAAUCCAAGAGGAUUUGGACCUACACCGUGCUAUUCUGGCAAGCCUUGACAAUCGACGCCCCGACGUAAUCGAACAAAGGCAAGAGACACUUGAAGCGAUCAAAGAACUCGAAACAAAGCUCGCUCAACUACGCGGCAUCGACAGCAGCGAAUCCUCAAGUCACUCUCCAUCCUCUUAUCAGGACAUAGCAAAUUCCGAUCUACCAGACGCUCAGAUAGACGGCCCGGUCUUCUCCAACCCCUCGAGCCCACCCCAAUUCGGGCGCCCCGCCUUCUCUUCUUUGCCGUCCCGACCCCGACCUUUGCCACAAAAUAGGCCUUCAGAAAUGCCUCCUUCCCGGAAACGCCGGCUUUCUGAUGACGACGAGACUGGUAUGGGCUACGGACAACCGAAGCGAGCAGUGUUAGGCCAGGUUACCCCUGCAUCUACUACAUUUACUCCUACUAGCACCGGGUUCGACCAUGGUAGCCCGAGCGACGUGUCAGCUACCGAUGAUAACGAGGAACUACUUAUGGAAAUGCUGGGGCUCGAAGGCCGCGAUAAUUUUCGCGCGCUUCAGGAAGAACAGAAACGAGCAGAGAAAUGGUUGGAGGAUAAGAAGGAACAGGAACGUCGCGAUGCCGAGUUUGCCCGCAAUCUCAUGGAAUCCUUCGCGGAUCCCCAGCCAUCAUCAUCUGCGCAAGGAUCUUCCUCCAACAGCCGCCCAGCAUCAGCCUUUCCCGAACGCACCUUGCCUGCGUCAAAUCCCGUCAUCAACACACCACCUAGUGCAACCAAUGCGUUUACUACCGACACAAGAUCAGCCCCAACGAACCUCUCCACACACUUCCUGAAUGGCUUUCGGGGUCCUCAAUUUGAUUCAGCAAGAGUUGACUUGGAUAGUGAUGAUAGUGAUAUUGCAGAAAUCACUCCUCGAGACUUUCGGCUCCAUAGUGCCACCGAGUCUCCUUUUCCGCGGAGUGCACGAGGCCCAACUCCAUAUCCUGCUCCCAACCUGGAUUUUCGAUCUAGGUUGCAGGGCCUUGACGAUCCAUCCCUAAGUGGCCCUUGGAGCUUCCAUGGUACCGUUCCUGGACCCAGUAUUAUGGGUAGCUCAGGGCCAAGUACGUGGGGGAAUCCUCUGCAAGCGGGUAUGGCAACAAUAAAGGCUAUGCGAGACCAUUAUUUUUCAGACGGCGGAGACUCACCUCAUCUUCAACCACGUGCUUCUGGGGGCGCUAUAGGACGUGCUCUCGACGGGCUGAUGGACCACUUUAGCGGACAACCCAUAAGCCUUCGUGAUCUAGAGAACUUAUAUGAAUACGGAAGUGAUCCCAAACAACUCAAUGAGGAGAUCAAGCAGUUGCUGGAGACCAUCCGGCCUGACGCCGAUAUCUCGGAGGGGGACCGGGAGGGUACCCCGGAGGCUCUGAAAUACAACUUACUUGAACAUCAGAAGUUGGGUUUGGCUUGGAUGAAAUCCAAAGAAGAGUGUGACCAGAAGGGUGGCAUCCUGGCUGAUGACAUGGGUCUGGGAAAGACUAUCCAAGCAAUCGCCCUCAUGAUAUCUCGCCCGUCAACCGACUCCGAGCGAAAGACGACGUUGAUUAUUGCACCGGUUGCUUUGAUGCAACAGUGGAAGCGCGAAAUACAGAGAAUGCUGAAGCCCGGUAAACACCAGCUCUCAGUGUACGUUCUGCAUGGAGACAAACGUAGCAAAAGCUUUAGGGACUUGAAACAUUACGACGUUGUGCUUACCACGUUUGGGACCCUAUCUUCGGAGCUGAAGCGCGUCGAGAAAUAUGAGGAACUUAUCAAGUCAGGUGCUGAAGAGCCGACAUUGAGAAAACAGUACAUGAACGCGCUACCUUGUCUUGGACCGACUAGCAAAUGGUAUCGGGUGGUCAUCGACGAAGCUCAGUGCAUAAAAAAUCGAAACACAAAGGCCGCCCUAGCGUGCUGCCGUCUCAAUGCCACAUUUCGUUGGUGCAUGAGCGGGACUCCCAUGAUGAACAACGUCGAAGAACUGCACUCAUUGCUGAAAUUCUUGCGCAUACGCCCUUAUGGAAGCCUUGAGCCAUUCAACCGAGAUUUCACUCGCCCGCUAAAGAGUGGCAAUCGGGCCUUACAGGAUAAGGCAAUGAAGCAGCUUCGUGUUCUUCUCAAGGCAGUUCUCCUGCGGCGGACGAAGACCUCCAAGAUAGAUGGUAAACCCAUCCUCAACAUUCCGCCUCGAGUAUCCGAGAAGGUUCACGCCACCUUCAGUGACGAUGAGCUGGAGCUGUACAAGUCACUUGAAAACAAAACCAAACUCCAAUUCAACAAGUAUCUCAAAGCCGGUACGGUUGGACGAAACUACUCUAACAUUCUUGUUCUCCUCCUUCGUCUUCGGCAAGCGUGCUGCCAUCCACACUUGAUCACCGAUUUUAGCGUGAAGAUCAACGAAAACACCGAGGGGUUGGAUUUUAUUGCCAACGCCAAGGCUUUCAGUGAGGAAGUUAUCAUACGUUUGAGGGAUAAUGAUGAUCUGGAGUGCCCCAUCUGUAUCGACGCGGUGGAAAAUCCAGUCAUUUUCUUCCCAUGUGGACACGGCACAUGCGCUGAAUGUUUCUCUAGAAUCUCUGAUCCAGCGCUUGCCGUUCAACAAGGUCACGAUGGCGCAAUUGAGGUGAAAUGUCCAAAUUGCCGUGCCAGGGUCGAUCCUAAGAAGGUAACCGAUCAUGCUUCUUUUCGUAAAGUGCAUUUUCCGGAUCUUUCUGAAGAUUCUACUGGCCCAGAAGGCCAAGAAUCCGCGGCAGAGGAUGAUGACGACGAUUCUGAGGAUAGCGACUCGGACAGUCUUGCGGAUUUUCUUGCAAGCGACAGCGAUACGCAGAAAACUCCUAGGAAAUCGAAAGGCAAAGGGAAACAGGCCAAGCAGCCAAAGAGGAAGACACUUGCUGAGCUGAAGAAAGAAGCAUCGAAGAAUCAAGCAUCGAAAAUCAAGUAUCUGCGUCGUCUUGAGAAAACUUGGAUCACAAGUGCAAAAAUCGAAAAGACUAUGGAAAUAAUCCGUCAGAUUCAGCAGAAUGACAGCAGUGAGAAGGUCAUCAUUUUCAGUCAGUUCACUUCUCUUCUCGAUUUGCUCGAGGUCCCCGUUGCGCGCGAGCGCCAUGGCUAUCGACGGUACGAUGGGAGUAUGAGACCAGCGGACCGGAAUUCAGCUGUUCUAGAUUUUACCGACGACCCUGCUUGCAAGAUCAUGCUGGUGUCGCUGAAAGCGGGCAAUUCUGGGUUGAAUCUUGUCGCUGCGAAUCAUGUGAUUAUCUUCGACCCCUUCUGGAACCCUUAUAUCGAGGAGCAGGCCAUUGACCGUGCCCAUCGAAUUGGGCAGAUGCGUGAGGUGCAUGUCCACCGGAUUCUAGUACCUCAAACUGUCGAAGACCGCAUUGUCGAACUUCAGGACAAGAAACGCCAGUUAAUCGAUGGUGCUUUGGACGAAAAAGAAUCGAAGAACAUCGCCAGAUUGAGCACUAGAGAACUUGCUUAUUUAUUUGGCAUACAAACCUAG